GUAUAGCAAUCGGAUUUUCAGUCGAAUGUUGUAUAUUGUUAAUCAUUUACGUUUGAAGAUAACAACGCAGUAUACCAUUCGUGAUUCAAGUCAAUAUCGAUGCCGGACUGUUUUGAUUACAGUAGCGAUGAUACAGAAGAUGAUGAUCAAUAUGGCGAAGAAGACGUCAACUGUAAUGAAUAUGAUGACGACGAUUUCUAUAAGUCUGAUGAUCAAUUCGACGGAAGAAAUCAAAUCUCUGAUUAUGCUAGUGAAGGUACAAAUCGAACUGAUUCUGAAGAGGAAUCAUUCAAUAGUAAUGUUGUUGACUCGCCUGGUGGGAAAAUCAAGUUGUGGAAACCUAUUGUUCCUAAAGAUUUAAUGCCAGAUGUAGAUGCUAUAUAUCAAUCAUUAGAGGAGGUGGUUGAAAUGUAUAAAUUAUAUGCAGAUAAAGCAGAGAAUCACAACCACCCCCUAGAGACUAAAGAAGAAAGACGGUAUUCCAAACAUGCACGACGACUUAGUUACAAAGACAAGGAGUUUAUAGUGCGUUCUUCAACGUCUAACAUUGGUGCAACAAAGGCACACAAGUUACAAGCUAGUUUGCAAGGAGGUUAUGAAAACGUUGGCCCUGAAGCAAUUGAUUAUAAAAAUUUCAGAAGGAAGGUGGGAAACAUUAUAGGUGACAAGGAUGCACAGGUGGUUGUUGACAAAAUGAACAUGAGGAAAGAUGAGUUUCAUAAUUACACAUUUGAGUAUAAAUUUGUUGAUAGUGUGUUAAACGCAAUGUUUUGGGCGGAUGAAACCGAUAAGUUAUAUUACAAGGAGUUUGGAGAUGUGAUAUCAUUUGAUGCUACAUUCCGAACAAAUAAGUAUGGAAUGAUUUUUGUGCCGUUUACAGCCAUUGAUAACCACAAACGUUCAAUAAACAUUGGGGCAGGUUUGUUAAGCAACGAGUCAAUAGAAUCUUAUCGUUGGUUGCUUGAAGCUUUUUUGAAAGCACAUGUGAAACACCCUCAAUUAGUGUUAACAUACCAAGAUCCAGUAAUUCUACAGGCCGUUCAAGCAAUAUUUCCUAAUUCUAAUCAUCGUUUAUGUAUGUGGCACAUUAUGAAAAAACUACAAGCCAAGGUUUCAGCCGAUUUUUUGAAAAACACUGAUUUUCGCAAGCGUUUUACAAAGCUUGUAUGGAAUGUCUAUAUCGAGCCUGAAGUGUUUGAAUCAAGACAUGCCACUCCACGGUCUGAUGAAAACUAUUCAAGGUCUGAAAGCGUGAACUCAUUUUUUAAUAAAUACUCUAACUGUGGUAAUUUGCUUAUCUAUUUCAUGAUGAACUACGACACCGCAAUUGGAAAGCAACGAAAUGCUCAACAGAAACUAGAACAUGAUACAAAAAAUGCAAAGCAUGAAAUGACGCUUCCAAGUGGCUUACUAGAACAUGCAGCUGUGGUUUACACAAAAAAGAUUUUCUAUGAGGUCAAAAAGGAAAUAUUUAAAGCAGCCUGGUACUAUUCUCUCGACAGUGUUGAAAAGAUUGAUGGGUGGCAAGUUAUUAUGAUUACACAAACGGAUAAGAGCAAACAGUUGAAGAUAAAAUGCAAGGUUAUAUUCAUCGUUUAA